CAGUGCAUUCCACAAAAACAGGAACUGGGAAAGAGUGAAAAAGACCUCAAUGAAUAUUUAAAUAGUAGGUUCAAGGUUGUGCAGUAGCCAUCUGCAAGAAGAAAGGCAGAUGAAAUGAAGGCAAAGUGUCACUGAUUUUGCCUCUGUCCUUAGAGAGAAGAUUGCUGAUACAGAGUCACUCUGGCCUGCCUAGAACCAUAUGGCAUGAAGAUAUAGCUCUGAGGAAGUUAUGGAUCUGAUCAACUCUACCGAUUCUACUUUAGUAAGAAACAGCACUCACUUUCCAGCUCCUGCUUCAAAAACCCGUCUGAUCAUUGCCCUUCCUUUGUUCAUGUCGUUUAUAAUUGGUACCAUCACGAAUGGCCUCUAUCUAUGGGUGCUAAAAUUCAAAAUGAAAAAGACGGUCAAUACACUCUUAUUUUUUCAUCUCAUUCUCUCAUAUUUUAUUUCAACAUUGAUUGUGCCAUUUAUGGCCACCUCCUACCUUCAGGACAAUCACUGGAACUUUGGAACUGCCAUGUGCAAGGUCUUCAAUUGCAUUUUGUCUCUGGGGAUGUACGCCUCUGUUUUCCUCCUCUCGGCCAUCAGUCUGGAUCGUUAUCUCCUCACUCUUCACCCAGUGUGGUCACAGCAGCACCGAACCCCACGCUGGGCUUCCAACAUCAUCCUGGGUGUCUGGAUCUCUGCCACUGCCCUCAGCAUUCCCUUUUUGGUUUUCAGGGAGACACAUGAUAGCCACAAAGGAACAGUGAUCUGCGGAAAUAACUAUGCUCCGUCUACUAACUGGGAAAACAAAGAGAUGCAAGCAUUGAGGAAAUGGAUUCACGGAGCCUGUUUCAUCAGCCGCUUUUUGUUGGGCUUCCUUCUGCCUUUCUCAGUCAUCAUCUUUUGUUACGGGAGAGUAGCCUACAAGAUAAAAGAGAGGGGCCUGGUUAAAUCCAGCAAGCCCUUCAAAGUUAUGAUGACUGCCAUUAUCUCCUUCUUUGUGUGUUGGAUGCCCUACCAUGUAUUUCAGGGCUUACUUCUCACUAAGAACCAGUCGCUAUUUUUACAGUUGACUCUGAUACUUACAGUGAUAACCACUUCUUUUAAUACAGUCUUUUCUCCCACACUCUACCUAUUUAUUGGGGAGAACUUCAAAAAGGUUUUCAAGAAGUCCAUCCUUGCUCUGUUUGAGUCAAUGUUCAGUGAGGAUUCUUCUGCAGAAAGGACACAAAACCUAAAUUCACAAGUUGAAAUUUAA